GUUAAGGGCUAUGAUUAGAUUGAAAAUAUAAGAAUAUCUCUUAACUCGUGAGAGGGAGAGCAUACCAAUGAUAGCUUAAUUAUAUAAAAGAAAUAUACAAAAUAUUUAAGUAUGAAAUUGGGUGGUGGGUGGUGCACGGGUCUAGAGAGACUGGCAGCGAUGAAAAUGGGACGAGAGACAAGGAAAAGCCAGCGAAAAAGCUUGGGUUCGAAGCUUUAUAAGAGGGUCCUCCUCUCCUCUCCCCAAGAAAACUCACUGUUUUUUAGUAUAAUAUACAAUUAUUCCCACUUUUUUAAUAUUUUAAAUCAAAGAAAUUAUCACUAUAUUAUUACAUACAAAAGUACUUUCUUUUAGCAAGAAUGUCAGGUUAAGGUUAGUGGUCACACGACAACUGUUUAUAGUUUAUAGUCUCCCUCUCGCUCUCUCUCUCUGUCUUCUAUUUUCUCUGGUUAAAUUACUACUGGCCUUAUGAUAUUCUAAUAUCUCUUCUUUGUCUUUACACACACACACACACACACACACACACACACACACACACACACACACACACACACUGUCACUGUUGCUUCUUGGUGUUGCACUCUUUUUUUAGUUUUCCCUAUUACUACUCCCUCAUUUUGCUGAACCAAAGUCAGUUCAUUGACUAUGGAAUCUUUUCUUUUUUUUUUUGGAUAUAAUUUAGUCGGUAUAAUCGCUUGUUUCUAUUUGUCUUCUUCCUCAUCUAAAGAAUUCUUAUAUAUGGUUCUGUGACUUUUUUCUGUGCUUCUCCUCACUUCCCUUUUGGCUUUGUCUUGUUGGGUGGUAAAAAAGUUUUUUUUUUUUGGUGAUUUUCUGAUACAAGUUCCAAAAACAAAAAAAUCUCUUGAUUUGAGGUGGGUUUUGUUUAUUCUGGGUUAUGGCAGUUUGCUGUGAUCUUGAAGCAGAUAUCAAUGGAGAGGAGACUUUCCUACUAGACAAGAAAAUUAUAUGUUCAUUCUCAGGCAGGUUAAGCAAAUUGUUUGGUAAAUCCACAGGUGCCAACAGAAAUAAAGUGAUAUUUAAUGACUUUCCUGGAGGAGCUGAGAAUUUUGAGCUUAUAUCAAGGUUUUGUUAUAACAAUGGAGAAAUUGAUAUAAAUCCUUCAAAUAUUUCCUUGCUAUAUUCUGCUGCUGAAUUCAUGGAGAUGAGCAAAUCUGUGUCAGGAAACUGUAAUCUGUUAGAAAAAACCAAGAAAUGCAUUGAAGAACUCGGGUACUGGACUUGGCCUGAUCUUUUGGUUGCUUUGAAGCAUUGCCAGGAAAUGCAGCAGGUUGCUACUUCUUCAGGUAUUCUUGAAAAAUGCUUGGAUUCAAUUGUUGGGAGGUUGGCUAUCACUAGUGAAGCGAGUCCUUGUGCGUCUACUUCGUCUCCGGAUAGCUCGGGGUUACGGCUUUCCUGCGAUACUAGAAGUACCGAGAGUUUGAAGAACAGCUUCUCUCGAGCAAAUUGGUGGUUCGAAGACCUUUCUGUUCUGAGUCCCAAUUUGGUUGAAAUGCUGGUAAAAUCUAUGGUCUCUCGGAAGUACAAUCAAGUGAUCAUCAGUCGGUUCCUCUUGUAUUACCAGAAGUCAAAGUUCUUCACCGCUUCAUCUGAUGAGAAACGCCAAGUUCUAGAGAUCGUGAUCGAUGGGCUUUACACUCUUGAUCCGAGUUGCAUUUCGUGCAAGAGUUUGUUCGGGAUUCUUCGAGUGGUGCUGAAUUUGAACAUAAGCAAAAGUAGCAGGAACAAGUUGGAGUGUAUGAUAGGUUCUCAAAUGGAUCAAGCAACAUUAGACAACCUGCUCAUCCCAUCUCCAUAUGGAACAAGUUAUUUAUAUGAUGUGAACCUUGUUCUUAGAUUUCUGAAAGCAUUUCUAUGUGAAGGAGGCUGGCGAUUAUCACCAACACGAAUGAGGAAGGUUGCUAGCUUGAUGGAUCUGUAUAUUGCAGAAGUAGCUCCGGAUCCUUUUUUAAGAUUGUCGAAGUUUCUAGCGUUGGUGGUGGCCUUGCCGGAUUCUGCCAGGGACUGUUGGGAUGAAUUAUACCACGCAAUCGACGUUUAUCUGGAGGUGCAUGCAGGGUUGUCUGAAGAAGAAAAAGUGAAGGUCUGUUGCGCACUGAACUACGAGAAGCUCUCUUCGGAUGCUUGCGUACACCUUUCCCAGAAUGCGAAAUUUCCAUCAAAAAGCUCGGUACAAGCUGUCGUUUCCCAGCAAUUGAAGCUUAAGAACUUACUGCAGGGCACUAAGAACAGUAAACCCGACAUGGAUUCCCCUUGUAAACUCAAUGAAACCCGAGGCAAGGCAAAGAAAGGUGAAGGCAGUGAACAAAUUGUUCUUUAUUCAGGGAGAUUAGACAUAUCGGGCGACAACGAGAACCUCAGAGCUCAUUUACAAGGGAUGCAAUGGAGGGUGAUUGAACUGGAGAAACUCUGCAAGAAAAUGCAGGCCCAGAUGGCCAAACUCAUGAAAUCGAAAACACCACCAACUCAUAGCACUGCAAGAUCCUUGCCCAGGCUUUGUUCAUGAAACAAAACUUGCAUAAUGUUUGAAUCACUUAAAAUUAUUUCCUUGUGUAUGUAUGGCAUUGAGGUAUGAUUACAGUUCUUUUUUUCUUUCUUUUCUGCAUAUAUUAAAGUAUGUCAUUGGAGAAUGAGAUCUUGGUUUGUACAGCUAUUGAAAAAGAGAAAAAAACUUGUUAUAUGUUUGGUUCCAUAAACAAAA